AUGGGUGAUGGCGGGCCCAGCACCCCGGCCGCUUCCUCGGACGGGCGUGUGGUAGCCUCCGGUCUCGCGAAGAAGAACGCCGGUGCCCAGGGCAUCGACCUGUCUGCUCUCUCUGGCACGGGGCCAGGCGGCCGCGUUGUCGCCCGCGACGUGGAGGCUGGAGCCAAGGGCGGGGCUGCGGCGGCGGCGGCUCCUGCGAAGCCUGCGUGGACGCCUGGACCUGGGGUGGUGGCGGCCACUCCCACCGCCCGAGCACUCGCCAAGAAGAAGGGGGUCAACCUGGCUACGGUGUCAGGCACCGGCAACUUCGGGCGCGUGACCGAGUCGGACGUGCUUGCCUCUCUCGGAGAGGCCCCCAAGGGUAACGCCUCUGCCGACGCCGACGAGGGCUUGGCCAUGCGGGAGGAGCCCGACCUGCCGGACGGCCCCAAGGCCAUGGAUGGCAUGCAGAAGGCGGUGGCGAAGAACAUGGAGGCCACGAUGGACGUGCCCGUGUUCCGAGUUUCCCGCAAGAUCAGGACCGAUGCCUUCGACGACAUGUACCGGCAGCUCAAGCCUAAGGGGGUCACGGUGUCAGCCAUGCUCGCCAAGGCCUGCGCUCUGGUGCUGGAGGACUACCCGAUCGUGAACGCUCGCUAUGAGCCGGGGCAGACGGUCUAUCAGAAGGACAUCAACGUUGCCAUGGCCGUCGCCAUUGACGGAGGGCUCAUCACACCAACCCUAAAGAACGCUAACAUGAUGAGCCUGCUGGGUCUGUCGAACAAGUGGAGGGACCUCGUUGGCAAGGCGAAGGCGAAGCAGCUCAAGCCGGACGAGUACACUGGGGGCACCUUCACCAUCACUAACCUGGGCAUGUUCGGUGUGUCUGACUUUGCCGCUAUACUUCCGAGCAAGAUGGGUGCCAUCCUCGCCAUCGGCGGGUCUCUUCCUACCGUAGUCCAGAAGCCAGACGGAAGCUUCACCACUGUCAAGGAGAUGACGGUGACCAUCACGUGCGACCACCGACACAUUUACGGGGCUGACGCCGCCUUGUUCCUGGGAGGGCUCGCCGACCUUAUGGAGAACAACCCGUUGCAGCUCUUGGUUUAGUCGCCUUCGUCGACCUCAUGGUCGUCGUUGUCGUCUCCAUUUAGUAUAGAUAGUUCACAUGUAGACGAAAGGAAAGGGCUGCAUGAGCCCCGCGCCCCUGGGUGGUAUUGCACAUCCUCGCUGCCGGCAUGCUUUUUUGUGCUCUUGGAGCUUAGUCUAUCAAUUGCCCCGUCAUCCGUGCCCUGCGGCUUUUGGUUUACUUUUUAUGCAUAUGUGGGUUGUUUUUUGUCAUCUCGUGGAUAUAUUUAAGUGGCUGGUUUGACAAGCUUGCUGGCUUUCUUCGACGGAUCUUGGGUUGUGGGUCUGAGCGUGGCCAGUAACCUGCCAUCGAGUAUAAUUCGGAGGUUUCCGACUGAUUGUGGUCGAAAGUCGGCGUUUGGCACGAAUAUCGACACCGACCCAGCACAGAAUACGACACUUGUUAUUUCGCCGGCUCGACAACCUGGCCGAUGAUCUCUUCUGCAAUGGGGUAGAAAUAGGACAUGCCUGCACAUCCGCGCGCGUUGUUUAUCCCGCUGCAUGCAUGAGACCG